CCACCACCGCCGUCCGCCAUCCACCGCGCACCUCCCAUACCCCUCACGCCCUUGACGACCCCUUACGACCUCACGACCUGCACCCAUCCACGCUCCACUGGCGACAACCAUCCACCGCGCCGCACGUCACACUCGCUGCACCCACGCCAUGCCCGCCGCGCCCAGCCCGUCGCCGCCGCCGCCCAGCGUCGCCGGCUUCUCGCCCGGCGGCGCCGUGCCGCACGGCUACUCCUACCUCACGCGCUCCCACUCGCUCCUCACGCCCUCGCGCCGUGCCGCGCCGCGCUUCACGCCCGACGACGGCGAGCGUGCGUCGCCGCGGCACUCGCACGCCGCGCGCAGCAGCAGCGGCAGUGCGGGCGACGAGGCCGCUGCCCUGCCGCGCAGCGAGUCGCUGCACGCCAGUGCCGCCCGCCCGGCGCUGCGCCUCGCCGAUCCGGCGCCGGCGUCGCCGCAGCCGGCCCUCGCGCGCUCCAACUCGCAGCCGCUGCACUCGCCCGCGAAUGCGCGUGCGCAGUGGUCGCGCCGCGAGCGCGGCGACGGCGAGGACAAGGCGCCGGCCGCGACGAGCCAGCAGCAGCUGCUGGCCGCCGUCGAGGCACUUCCUGACAACCCCAAGCUGUGGCUGCCGUCGCAGGUCGCCCUCUACCUGGCCCACGCGCUGGCGCUGCUGCCGGCGCCGAUCAUCGCCGACCUCUCGGCCUUUGUGCGCGGCGCGUCGAUCUCGGGGCGCGCCUUUCUGCGCCUGCAGGAGAGCGACCUGGCCGAGCGCGGCAUGAACCAGCGCUGGCGGCGCCUGAUCAUCGCCGCGGCGCGCCGCCUGCGCCGCGACUGCCUGCGCAGCCGCAUCUGGGCCGACGGCGACUGCGAGUGGCCGCGCACCGAGGAUGCGGCGGAGAAGCCGGAGCAGGGCGAGCAGCCGGGCGCGGGCACCCAGCGGGCCCUCAAGCAGCAGACGCUGAAGCGCAUGCGCGACUGCGCCGCCGUGCGCGAGAUGAUUCAGUCUUUCGAGUCGCCCACGCUCGGCGAGCUCGACGAGGAGGGCUUCGUGGCGCUGCCAGGCCGCCUGCGCAGCUCCUCGUCGAUCUCGUCGCUGCGCUCGGACGCCUCGUCGCCGCGGCGCUCGGCGUCAUCGGAGCUCGCGGGCACCGACGGCCUUGUGCGCCAGCGCCAGGAGAGCUUCGACUCGCCGCGCGACGCCAGCGACGCGCAGGCGCCGCCUGCCAAGCCGUGGCUUGCGCAGCUCACGCACGAGGAGCUGCAGGCCGCGGGCGAGGACGAGAUCGGCGAUGAGCGCGACGAGCGCAUUGCUGGCCUCGCCGCAGUCGAGCUCGACCUCGUGCACGAGCGCGAUCAGAGCUCCUCGACGCAGGGGGACGAGCACGAUGACGCUGCCGAGCUACUCACGCACAUACGCGAUCUGAGCUCCUCGACGCAGGGCUCGUCGCGCAGCUCCACCGGCAGCUUCGACGAGCCGCAGACGCCGCCACCAAUCGACACCGAUCUGCCGCAGACGCAGGUUGCGUCGACGGAGCCGUCGCCGGCGUUCCAGGAGGAGCACGCCGACGUCGAGCGCUCGGCUGCAUUCCGCCCGCGCCUCGCCGCCGGCGCCAAGACGAAUCUGUACCGCGCGUCGACGUACGACGCCGAGGAGCUCGAGGCGCUGGGCAUCUCGCUCAGCGAGGAGGACGAGUCGCUCGGGCGCUUCGACACGGCGCGGCGCAUCCACUCGCCGGAGCCCGAGGCUGCAGACGACAGCGUGCUCGACGAUGCGCUUCCGGUCCUCAACGCGCGCACGGCGGACGGCACGCUCGGCCGCUCGUCGAUGCGCCAGCGCAAGCCCAAGGCCGGCGGGCUGCUCGACCUCUUCAGCACCGUGGCUCCGGUCGCGGUCGAGGAUGAGGCAAGACUCGUCGAGCCGCAGGCUGCCUCCGUCGAUGUUGCGCCGACCGACGCCGCGCUCGUCGCCGACGCUGCACCCGCUGCUGCAAGCGACUCGACUUCCGCCACCGACGCCGCUUUUGUGUAUGAGAUCGAAUCUGCCGCCGAUGCAGCGCCUGGCAUCGACGCUGCAUCUACGAUCGACGCGAUCUCCGCCACUGACGCGACAACCGUAACUGAAGCUGCCGAUUCCCCGUCUGUACCCGACGCUGAGCCUGCGGGCGUUGCGACGACCGCGCACGACGCCUCAGCCGCCGGCGCGUCUGCCCCGGUUAACGCUUCCGCUUCGAGCGAGGCUCCCGCCAUGACGGACGCGCCUGCCACUGGUGACGCGCCUGCCAAGGAUGCGCCCGCCACCCUCCUCGUGCCGAUCACGACGCUCGCGCCCGGCCCCGACGGCAAGGGCUCGGUGCGCCAGCGCUCGAUGGUCAUGGUCGACCGGCGGCGUUUUGAGUCGCUGGCGCGCCGUGCGCUGCUCGUCGACGACAUGGCGCACCAGCUGAGCGUGCUGGAGCGCCUCUCGAGCGUCGAUGCGCAGGCGCCGAGCGCCGAGCUGCGCGACAGCCGCCGCGAGCGCACGCGCAGCGCCCUCGACGACGUCUUUGCGCAGCCGAAGGACGAGUCGGCGGCCGAUGCCGACGCGCAGGUCGAGGCACUGCUGGAGGAGGAUGCGCGCAGCGGCAAGGGCUGGCUGCGCAGCCUGCUGGACGUCGGCGCGAUUCCAAGCUACGCGAUCGGACUCGGCGCGGGCGUCGGCUUCGUCGUCAUCACGGAGGUGCUGGGACGUGCGGCGCGCCGUCGCUGAGGACCUGUUGAGCUCGGGCCGGCGUAAUGAACAAGCCAGCCCUCGAGCGUGUACUGUAUCCUUUCUCAUGACGAACAGCGAUUCAUCGGCGCGCAUACGAGGCGUGAG